CUGCACAGACGAUGGUUGUUUGGUUUUCCCCGAGUUCAUUGACUGCUAAAUCAGGAAAUACAAGCCUACAUUCAAUGCGAUCGAUGCCUUCUUGUGAUUUUAGUCGCUCCAGGGUGUUUUAGAAACAUUGAGAGACUUGACGACUCGUUUUAGAAAGAGCCGAGCGAAUGAUUUGAUUCCUCAGGAUGACAAUCGAUAAAGUAGAUAAAUAGAUAAAGUUAGGUGAACGCUCAAGGUUUGUAGGUGAGAGACAUCACACCUUUCAUCAUGCCGAAAACGAAAAGCGACGAGGAAUUUUCUUUCGUCAGUCCCGUGGUGAAAUAUUUGCUUUUUUUCUUCAACAUGAUAUUUUGGGUAAUCGCACUCAUCCUCAUAUCUAUUGGAGUUUAUUCCAGGAUAGUUAAACACGAGACAGCGCUGGCCUGUCUGACGGUGGAUCCUGCUCUGUUACUGAUGAUAGUGGGAAUUAUCAUGUUCUUAAUCACGUUCUGUGGCUGUGUGGGUUCUCUGAGGGAGAAUAUAUGCUUAUUGCAAACAUUUUGCAUCAUCCUGACUAUCAUCUUUCUGCUGCAGCUAGUGGCUGGCAUUCUUGGUUUUGUCUUCUCAGACAAGGCACGUGGCAGAGUAACAGAAAUGGUUGGCAACGCCAUUAAGCAUUACAGGGAUGAUAUGGAUCUUCAAAACCUCAUCGACUACGGGCAAAAACAGUUUAACUGCUGUGGGGGGAUCUCUUACAUGGAUUGGUCUCAGAACAUGUACUUCAAUUGUUCAGAUGAGAACCCGAGCACAGAGCGCUGUUCUGUGCCUUUCUCCUGCUGCCUGAUCUCCAAAGAGGAGACUGUUAUAAAUACCAUGUGUGGUCAUGGAGUGCAGAACAUGGCUUAUGGGAAAGCUGGUGACUUUAUUAACACCAAUGGCUGCAUUGAUAAAGUGGUGAACUGGAUCCACAGUAACCUGUUUCUGUUGGGAGGCAUCGCCCUGGGCCUGGCUAUCCCACAGUUGGUUGGGAUCCUCCUCUCUCAGAUCCUCAUUAAUCAAAUCCAGGAUCAGAUUAAACUACAAAAUUACAACCAACAACAUCGCUCAGACCCCUGGAGCUGAGAAAAAAAACUCAACGUUUUUAUAGAAAGCUUCGGAAUUCAUUGCCGCCUGAAAUGACUGACAUUGCCUGGAUUGUGAAUAAGGAAAAGUGGGUUUAAGAACAGGCAACAAAGACAUGUUUUCAUAUGUAAGGUCUUUUGUAUGAUAUUUUAUAAACCAGAAUAUUUAUAAGAAUACUGUAAGGCAAACUGAAGAUCAAGAGGUCAAUACAAUUAUUUUGGGAUAUUUUAUGAGCACAAAAUGUUUUUUAAAGAGUGUCAUCCUAGCAAAGGAUGGUGUAAAAUGGUUUAACAUGAUAUUUAUUGGUUUUCAAGUAUCAACAUUUUUUAAAACAAUAUUUGUGUUGGUAGAUAUUAUAAACAUCUGAGAUUUAAAAAGAUCCCAAAAAAUGAAAAUUCUUUCUUUGAUUACUCACCCUCAUGUCGUUCCAAACCUGUAAGACCUUCGCUCAUCUUCAAAACACAAAUUAAGAUGUUUUCUGAACCUGCAUAGACAGCAAUGGAACUGACACAUUCAAGGCCCAGAAAGGUAGUAAGGACAUUGUUAAAAUAGUCCAUGUGACAUCAGUGAUUCAACGGUAAUAUUAUGAAGCUACGAAGCUUAUGAAGAAUACUUUUCUUAAUUUGUGUUCUAAAGAUGAACGUAGGUCUUAAGAGUUUGGAAUGACAUUAGGGUGAGUAAUCAAUGUCAGAAUUUAAAUUUUUUGAUAAACUGUCCCUUUAAUUAGAAACAAAAGUAUUUUUAUUCAUUACAUUUUUCCUGAAAAUUCACUUUAACAAGUCUAAACAGUCAAAUGUACUUCUUAACUAUCACAUUAUUUCAUUUCAUAUUAUUAUUUAAGUAUUAACAAAGAAAUAGUCUUACGAAGCACAAAACAUUUAAAGAGUAUUGGUUUUAUAACACAGCUCACUAAUCAACUCACUCCAUUGCAUUUGGCUGCGAUCUUUCUGAACUCAUGACUCCACCAUCAACAAAAUCUGGCCAUAAAAAUCUGCUUAUAGUCUGAACAAACACAACAUGCUUGAUUUGGCCAGAGAUUCAAGUGUUUACUGCCAGUAGUAGGGAGUAAGUGUCCUCCCUAUUUUGACAAUAUCAUGUUCAUUAAGUGGAUCUCAAUGGAUACAAACAAUGCAUUUUACAGUUUCUAUGGUGUUUUAUUUAUCCCUUUUUAUUAAAAAUGUAAAUAAAAUAU